AUGGCAGAGCAGUUCGUGGGCUAUAGCGUUGUGGUCACACUCAAGUCUCCUCCAAAUUGUCGGGUUCAAGGCGUUGUAGCAGAUGUUGUCGGACAUCGGCUGAGUCUACAGAAUGUAACGUUACUGUGGAACAACCAGAAUGUCCCAGUAUAUCACAUUGAAGCGUCUGGUAUUGCAGAUUUGUACCUGUUACCUCAGGAAAGAUCUAUUCGCACGGAUAUCUCAGCACCAAAUGCCCAGCAAGACACUAGCUUACGUAGUGAACCGCCUCUUCAGCAGCAUCAACAACAACAACAACACUCCAACAACUUGCAUGAAGCCCAGCCCCAGGAAAACAAGCAGUCUUUCAUAGACCCGGCCAUCCUCAGCUACCAAAAGCCACCCAGCCAGCGCAAUGGUUUAGUUGAUAUUACACAAGCGCCACAGAAAGCGCUCCCUGUCCAAUCUCCUGUGAUGAUUGGAGGCCACGAACUUCCUGCGCCCUCUGGCUCACUGCAGCCCCUUCCCAUUACGACUGCGCCAGAGAGCAUCGCUGCCGCUACCCUUACCGCUCCUUUUAAUGCGCUUGGUUUAAAGAGUCCCGACGAAAACUUGGGAGAUAAAUCUUCCUUGCACCGGGUGAUAGGUGAGGGUGAUGUACACCUGGGUCCACAGGCUCCCUCUGAAACGACUAUUAAGUACACGGCGAAGCGGAGUCGGAGGGGCGUGCGAGGAAAAUUACAAAAUGAGGCAGAAGCGGAAACUAUCGAGCCUCAAAACAACAAGCUGUCUACGGGAGCCACAGAAAGCAGCCCGACUUCGAACGGUUGGCGGCAAACCGCCUUUGUGGAACCCGCUCUCGGUCCUACUUCUCAAUCCACACGGCGUCUCUCCGUAAGACAUAAAAGACGAUAUAAGCGUCAUCCCGAAGAACAAAACGGCUGGGCAACGGAAGAUGCAACGGAUAUCCAGGAGAUGGGUGACUUCGAUUUUCAAAGCAAUCUCUCCAAAUUUGAUAAACGUCGGAUUUUUGAUCAGAUUAGAAACGACGACACAACUGCCGAUGAAGAUCGACUUGUCAGUUUUAAUAGACGAGCGAGGCCUGGCACAAACGGCGGUCGAAAUCUGCACUACACAGAAAAUGUAUUGGACCCCUUGCCGGAAUUCAAGACACAAUGGGACGGCACAAUACUAGAAACCGAUUAUGAAUAUCCCGAUGAAAGUAGAUUUGAAAAUGAGCGAAAUCCUAGUAGAGCUCGGUCUAGAGCCUCUAUUCCACGUUCCCGGAAUGGCAGCGGAGCAUUGAGUGCCUCUAUUUCCUCUCCCCCAGUCGGUCUUUUCACUAGGGGGCAGUUUAUCUCGGCACGAACAGCAAGCCCACGCCCAUCACAAAGGCAAGCAGCAUCACCCAGAGCAACACCAUCUGGAUCAGUUGCCGGAUUCUUACAGAUAGUGCCAACUAGCAGACGCUGUCCGAGUGUCAGCCCUCUUCAAAUGUUGGAAGUUGAACAGUUGUCGAUCUCAGAACUUGGUCUAACGGAGGACAUUAUUACGGAGAAUGCUGGAAGAGGCAUUGCAGAAGCAGUUAUAUCGCUUACAGGCCUCCAGCGAUCUUCUACCGUUCUUAUAUUUACGGGCAAUCACAAGACUGGCGCCCGAGCCAUAUCUGCUGCUCGACAUUUACGAAACCACAACUACCGAGUGACCGUAUGCAUACUCGGAUUAGACCAUGACAGUGCGUUUUCUGAUAGCUUCCGCAGGCAAGUUGACAUUUUUAAAAAAGCGGGCGGUAAAACUUUGAGAUGGGAAGAAGUGUCGACAAUGCUAUCCACUGCGGAGUACUCUCCCGGGCUUGUUGUUGAUGCACUUUUUGGUAUGCAUGUUGCCUUUGAUGAUCUACGCACCGACGAUCAGCAAACUGCAUUUGAAAUCAUUUCGUGGACCAAUCGAAGCGGGAUCGGCGUUGUAUGUGUUGACAUACCAGCGGGGCUUUCAGCUUCGACAGGCGAACCGACUUUUAUGCAAGGUGCCGGCCUCGCAAUCAAUGCGACGUUUAUCGUCUGCCUUGGAGCUCCUAAAAUCGGUAUCAUAAAUGCAUUAUCUGCUGGCCGAGGUGAAUCCUGGCAAAUUGCUGCCGUUGAUGUUGGAAUUAGCCAAACAGCGUGGAGAAAAUACGGAGCCAGGAAACGCUAUGGGGUGGAGUUUGGGGAUAAAUGGGUAGUGCCGCUGAGGUUUCAAGCAGCAUCACCAUCUUAG